GGUAGCUCAUACAUACAAGGUGCACCCCCUUCCUCUUCUCACCAACGUACUUAUUUUACUUCUUGUAAUUUCCUUCGCCAAACGUGAGGAACAACAUUCUCUUACACAUUCAGCAAACUAAAAGUUAUGUGAUACUGUCACUAAACACCGAACAUAGUUCCGUAUUCACCGAAAAGGAGAAAGUUAAAAACUAAAGGAAAACAAAAGAAAUCACGAAGAAGGAUGUCCAGGAGUGUAUCUCAGGGUAAAGGGGUGACCGUCUUCACCAUCAACUCAAAUGCAAAAAGCAAACGGCCCACUGUGUGUCAGUUUCUGGGUAAUCUGUGCUACAGUUCAGCGCGUUUAAUGCUUCAGGGUGUCAAAAGGAAAAUAUACCAACACCCGAUAAGAGUACUCGGGAUUGUGCAGAUAUAUAUCCUUGGAAUCAUCCACAUCAUAACAGGGAUUUCACUGGAAAGCCACAGAAUAUACAAAGACACCUUAAUGUGUAAUGCUCCCUACUGGCUUGGUAGUGGGUUCAUCAUAUCUGGAAUCAUGACCAUUCUUGCAGACAAAUAUCCAAGAAAUUGUCUGUUCGCCCUGGCUGUGAUCCUGAACACAGUCAGUGGAAUAUUGUCUAUGAUAGCUGUAGGACUUUAUUCAUGGGACUUCUAUAAAGUCUACGAUUACUCAUCAGCUAUCAACCCCGAGCAGUGGAAGCAAACUAAUUCAUUUCUAUACAUUGAGGAUUCGAAUGUGACGAACCGUGAAAUUCUAGAUGUCGUGAUGAUCGUUUUUGCCGUCCUUCAACUCUGUCUAAACAUCACUUCCAUUUUCAUGUCUUUGAGAACAUGUUUCAGGAAGGAUUCCGUGGACGCCCCUCGAUCUCACAAGCUGCUGCCAGAAGUGAUGACUGGAAAUCCUGAAUGAUAGAGAAAACAAGAUACACACACAGGCAUGAAAAGUCAAAUGUUAUUUUGAAGUUUUUCUCUUGUAGUAGAAUCGCACAUCAUUUCUAUUCCUGUUCGUUCUUUUCCCGUAAGUUUUGGUUUUGUAAUUUACUGAGACCCAUAAUAAUAAUAAUAAUAAGAGUAUGUCUUACUUGUGUACACAAUAGGUCAUUAGGGUACAAAUCCCCCAAAAGGUACAAUAUUAAAUUAUGUUCUGUAUACCUGUAAAGGUACAAAAAAGAACCUUAUGGUGCCACUAAAGCGACAGAAAGGUACAAUUUGAUAAUGGAAAGGUACAAUUUGAUGAAAGAAAGGUACCAUUUGGCCUGAGAAAUGAAAAUUAUGUGGCAAAACUUGUAUCUGUGACUUAAUUUCUCACAAACUUGAACCAACCAAUGUCCUGUGAUUGAAAAAAAGGUUGGUGAUGUAGGGCAGACUAGACUACGUUCUAAUGAGGACAUAAAUAAAAAAAUAAAUGAAUGAAUAGAAAAUAACUUAACAUAAAUGUAACUAGGGAUGUGACUGAAGGGGCCAUUGAAACCACCGUGGGUCACAUAUACAUUAUUAGGACAUUAAUUAGGACUGAGCCUUCACCCUGUGCCAUUCAGCUCACAGACAUGGUUAUUAUGAUAGCACAUGAUUGAGACGCAACAACCAUAAUACAGUAACAAUCUAUAUACAGUAUGUGUGCCCUAUUUAACCAGCCAAUGACUUCCAUCUUUAUCUCUUUCCCUGCCACCGUUGUUUGGAUUCAGAACGAUGAUACAAACAUACACAGAGUAUUUACUGCUUUUGGAUCUGUAUAUGCUGUACUGUUGUAUAAGGUGGGUAUCAGUACCAUCUUCUGCAUAAUAGCAGGAUUGGCAGGGAAGCGUUGUCUCAGUCUUAAUUGAUGAGAAAACUCAUCAUUGGUGGGGAAAGAGUUAAGGAUUCACCAGCUAAUCGGCGAAUGAGCGGUGCCUUGUUAUACCUUUACAAAAGGGCACAACGUCACUCUCCAGCUAAUUCUUCUACACUACCUGAUGGUGAAAUGAUCUUCCAAAUUCCUUACUCUCUCCCUUAAUUGUCUAACAAUUGGUAAUUCAUUAUAUAAAUUCAGGUAUUAUUGCUUCCUUAUGAUGAAUUUAUUUUGAAUUUGAUGCUUUAUUGCUGUCCUCUCAAGAUAUAUGCCAAGGGAGUUCUAUAUAAGAGUUGUACAUUCACUCUUUUCCACCAAUAUAAAUCAAUGAUUCUCAUCGGAUUCCAUGCUGUGAGGUCAGUUAAACGCCAUUGGCUAUUUUAAGAUUGGGAGGAGCCACUCAACAUGUCCUGCCCUAACUUACAUUUACAUUUUACACAUUUGGCAGACACUUUUAUCCAAAGCGACUUACAUUGCAUCAUACUAUACAUUUGUUUCUAAGUAUGUGCAAUCCCUGGGAUCGAACCCAUGCUAACGCCAUGCUGUAACCACUGAGCUACAGGAAAGCUUUAGUAAUCUUGGUUGUUUUGUUUGGUGUUGUUUGGUUACCAACAAUCUUCAAAAUAUCUUCUUUUGCAUGAAAUAGCAACAGGGUGGGUAAAUGACGACAGAAUUUUCAUUUUGGGUGAACUAUCCUGUUAAUGUUGUUUAGUGUCAAAAUUAAACAAAGUCACAUUAAAUAAAAAGGUUUGCAUUUGCUUCCUGUAUCAUUUUGAUUCUGUAAUGCCAACUCUGUUCAUGUAGUGUGACAUGCUCCCGUAGAGCCGGAGCAGAGUCAAAUCCCUGCAUGGAGGAACAUAAUAAAAGAGGAAACAUGCUGUGCACAGUGCACAUCACAGACUAAACCAAGCACAGCAGUCCUCCAAAUCAUGUGAGUCUCUUAAAAACAUGCUGAUUUUUCGGAUAUAUUCAGCACUUCGCUGCUUAACGCUGGGAAAGUUUGACAACAAAAUCAGCGUUGUCCCAAAGCUGACUAUGUGAAAACCACAAGCACUUCAAAUAAGAAUACAUUCAGAUUAGUAGCUAUUAUGAUAUGAGAAUUUAUGACAUAUUUAACUUUGUCAUUCAUUUAUUCAUGUGUUGA